UUUGCACUCUUAGAGAGAAGCCUGUGCUAGUGUUCAUGGAAAAAUGCCAUUACCUUUCGGUUCUAUUUCCCCCCAGAACUUCUCGAAGCCCCCGGUGCUUUGGGCAGAGUAGUUAAGUAUAAAAGGAAAGAAUCUCACUAGCAGCCUAACCGACCUUGCAGUUUAUCAUUGACUUGGCUCAUACCCAUGACAGGUGACGGUUCGAGAGGCUAUAAAUCAAGGGAUGGAUGAGGAGCUGGAAAGAGAUGAGAAGGUUUUUCUGCUUGGGGAGGAAGUUGCCCAGUAUGAUGGGGCCUACAAGGUAAGCCGAGGCCUAUGGAAGAAAUACGGAGACAAGAGGAUCAUAGACACGCCCAUAUCUGAGAUGGGCUUUGCUGGGAUCGCUGUAGGCGCCGCCAUGGCUGGGUUGCGGCCCAUUUGUGAAUUCAUGACCUUCAAUUUCUCUAUGCAAGCCAUUGAUCAGGUUAUCAACUCGGCUGCCAAGACCUACUACAUGUCCGCAGGCCUUCAGCCUGUACCUAUUGUCUUCAGGGGCCCCAAUGGUGCCUCCGCGGGUGUGGCUGCCCAGCACUCACAGUGCUUCGCCGCCUGGUACGGGCACUGCCCAGGCUUAAAGGUGGUCAGCCCCUGGAACUCAGAGGAUGCAAAAGGACUUAUUAAGUCGGCCAUUCGUGAUAACAAUCCAGUGGUGAUGCUUGAGAAUGAAUUGAUGUACGGUGUUGCCUUCGAAUUACCUGAAGCAGCUCAAUCAAAAGAUUUCCUGGUACCUAUUGGGAAAGCCAAAAUCGAAAGGCCAGGGACACAUAUAACUGUGGUCUCCCAUUCAAGACCUGUUGGCCACUGCUUAGAAGCUGCAACAGUGCUAUCCAAAGAGGGAAUUGAGUGCGAGGUGAUAAACAUGCGCACCAUCAGACCAAUGGACAUCGAGACCAUAGAAGCCAGUGUCAUGAAGACAAAUCAUCUUGUAACCGUUGAAGGAGGCUGGCCGCAGUUUGGAGUAGGAGCUGAAAUCAGUGCCAGGAUCAUGGAAGGUCCUGCCUUCAAUUACCUGGAUGCUCCUGCUGUCCGGGUCACCGGUGCCGACGUCCCUAUGCCUUAUGCAAAGAUUCUAGAAGACAACUCUGUACCUCAGGUCAAAGACAUCAUAUUUGCAAUAAAGAAGGCAUUAAACAUUUAGUUUGGGCUUACAUUCGAAGUCAUUGGAAUUUCUUUAAAUAUUGGCUGAUACAUCUCACCUGGAGCAUACUGUCAGACCUUAUUCAUAAAGUUAUCUCUAAAGCAACAACAGAUGUUUUCGUCUUCGGGAAGAAGUUUCAGUGGCCUUGCCCCUGGGAAAACCUGCUCUCCGUGUUUGUUUUUCUUCUUUUUGUCUGUUACAAUUGCCAUGUUCUUUGAGGAAGACCAAUGUAAGAUGUUCCUGUCACACUAGAAGCCCAAGGGGUUGAUGUGGCCUGAUAAAAGCUACAUCCUAAAAAGAUAACUUAUGUGUAUAAAAUUAAAGUUAUAGUAUACAUUUACUGUUAAACUGUUUUGAUGGGGAAUAAAGGAAUCCCUUACUCUUAA